GCCUUGAUGGGUGACGUAUACAGGAAAUGUAAACAGUCCAAAACUGACUGGAUGAGCAGAUUUUUUUUUAUCGUUUAUUUCUCAUCCAGGAGCUAAUUUUUUAACGUUCAUAGUUAUGCAAACGUGGAGUCUCGUAUCCAUUUGUGUGUUGCUGGGCGUUGUUGUGAGAUGGGGAGUUUCGUUAAAUUCUUAUUCAGGGGCGGGGAAGCCUCCCAUGUUUGGCGACUAUGAAGCCCAAAGGCACUGGCAAGAAGUGACCUACAACCUCCCUGUCCAGGAAUGGUACUUCAACACCACUGACAAUGACUUGAACUACUGGGGUCUCGACUACCCUCCUCUCACUGCCUACCACAGCUGGAUCUGUGCCUAUAUAGCCAAGAUGAUAAACCCUGAAUGGAUGGAGCUCCACAAAUCCAGAGGUUAUGAAAGCCCAGCACACAAGUUAUUCAUGAGAGCUACAGUUCUGGUGGCAGAUUUAUUGAUAUACAUCCCUGCUGUGGUUUUAUACUGUUUAUACCUGACUGAUGGAUCCUCCAAGAAAAAGGUUUCCACUCUGUUCUGCUUCCUGCUCUACCCAGGACUGAUUCUCAUUGACUAUGGCCAUUUCCAGUAUAAUGGAGUGAGCCUGGGCUUUGCUCUGUGGGGGGUUCUGGCUCUGGGUCUGGGCUGGGAUGUGUCGGGCUCCAUGGCCUUCUCCCUGGCUCUCAACUACAAACAGAUGGAGCUGUACCACGCUCUGCCCUUCUUCUUCUACCUGCUGGGAAAGUGUGUCAAACUGGGUCUGAUGGGGAGAGGGCUUUUCCUGUUGGCGAGAAUUGCUGUAACAGUGUUGGUGACUUUUGCCCUGUGCUGGCUACCCUUCCUGUCUGACCCCAGGCAGACCUUGCAGGUGGUCAGGAGGAUCUUUCCCGUGGCUCGUGGUCUGUUUGAGGAUAAAGUGGCUAACAUAUGGUGCAGCUUGAACACCCUGAUAAAGAUCAGAUCCAUUCUGUCCAGUGAAUCUCAGCUCUACCUCAGUUUUGCCUGCACUGUCCUGGCAAUCCUACCUUCCUGUAUCAGACUUCUGACAAAGCCAACCUUCUGGCAGUUUAAACUGGCCUUGGCCAAUUCAUCUCUGGCAUUUUUCCUAUUCUCGUAUCAAGUCCAUGAGAAGUCCAUCCUCUUGGCUGCCUUGCCUGUCUGCCUCCUGCUGAACGACCUGCCCCUGAUGGCUGUUUGGUUCCUGCAGGCCUCAACAUUCAGCAUGUUGCCUCUGUUUCUGAAGGACGGUCUGCUGGUGCCCUAUGCUGUGACCUCUCUGGCCUUCCUCUUCCUCAGUAUCUAUCUACUGUCUGCACUGGACCGCAGUUCAGAGGAAGAGCUGAGACUAGGAGCCUACCAUAAGAUGUUUUUCUUCCUACCCAAAAUGGACCUGGCCCGUAUAGUGAGAUGGAAGUUCUACAUCAGCGUUGCAGCUAUGGCUGGUUUGAGCAUUGUGAGUGUAACUCUUGUUCCACCACCACGUCUACCUGACUUGUUUCCUGUGUUGGUAUCCACCACUGCUUUCCUGCACUUCCUGGGGACAUUUCUAUAUUUCAACAUUGUUCAGUUCAGUGGGCCUCCCAGCAGAAAGAACCAGAAAAAGAAUAACUGAAUGAUGCCAAAUCUCAAGGGUUUGAACUAAUUUUGCUUCAGAAAAGCCAGUGUUGCACUCUGGGGUAUACACAUCCCCUCUUAAUGUGCUCGAGGCCUUUCACUAAUGCCGUCAUGUACCAAAUACAAAUAGGACAAGUGCUUAUUGGAGGUGCUAUAUGUAUGUUUUUGCUGUUGCUACAUACCCACAUUAGCAUUAACAGCUGUUUACUUACCAGUCUAGAAGAAAUGUUGCAGUUUCAUUUCUUUAUUCGCCAAGACCUUUCUCCUGCAGUGGAGAGCAACAGCAGUGUUAACUCUUGCAGUGCUUCUAUUUUUAUAAUUUUUUAGCACGCUAACCAGCUAGCCCUGUAGUGUCUAGUCUGCCUUCAGUCUACCAUGAGAGGGUGAAGCAGUAGCAUUGCCCAGAGGGUGUAACCUCUAGUCUUGUAAACACAAUGAUGGCCGAAGCUCUUCGUAAGUAAACAGCUGUUAAUGCUAACGUUGGCUAUGUGGUGAUAGCAAAAACUUACAUAUAGCACCUUUAAGGCAUCUUGUUGGCUAGAUUUGCUGUGCUGCAAAAUGCCAAUACAGAGGAUUUUGUAAAAUUAUAAAAUAUCUACAAAGUCACUUAGUUUAGCUUUUACUCAAAGUAUUUCUCCAUUAAUCACAAGACACUGGGUCAUGUGAAAUAUACCUCAUUUUCCCACUUGGACCAUUGCUAUUUCAUGCUAACUAGACUAUAGCUGGGAUAUUUAAAUAAUUUGGGAACAUCAGAAGUAAACAUACAGUAGACUUUCUAGGUACAGCCCACACAUUUGAUCUCAGAUAGCUCAGUGCCUGUAAGCUCAAGCUGCGGGAGGUGGCCACAAUAAUAGGAACACCUGCUGUAAUGUUUGGUUAUUAUUAAGACUGUGUUGGAGAGGUGUUGAUUUAAUUUUGUGGUAAUGUACUGUGAGGUGUUUGUGUUAUUUUGGCCACCCUCAUUACCUCCUGGGGAUUGUGAUUAAACACACAUCUGAUGGGACUGUUCUCAGGUCUGCAAGUAACGGUUGUUGUUUUUUUUUUUUUGUUUUUUUUUUAACAGUUUUC